AUGGACGAUGAGGCCUGUGAGGACUUAAUUAGGCAAUUUGCCCAUUUUCAAAUGCAAGAAAUGGGCAAAUGGACAUAUAAGACCCUCAUGGACAGUGAGAGUUUCAAAGCUUGUAUCCCCCUUGUCUCCUACAAGGAUUUGGAGCCUUAUAUUCAGAGGAUUGCAGAUGGCGAUGCCAAUCCUAUUCUCACUGCCAAACCCAUUACCGCCAUGUCACGCAGGUGUGGAAGACGUCUUAUGCUUUUAGGAACAGCUCCAAUCAAGGAGUUGAUGCCUGCUGGUGCUGACCCGGUGGUGGAUGAUGAUUACAGUGAUGAGGGUGAAUUGGAGAGGAGGAUGUGGAGGGACAAGAUGAAGCUGACAAGACUGAAAGAGAGUAAUAAGUGGAAGGAAGGUGUUGAUCCAGCCAAACAACGAAAGUUUGUAGAACAAGCAAGGAGGAAGAAGAUGUCCCGAGGCGAGGAUGGGAUCUUAAAGUACAUGUUGAAGAUGAUGGAAGUGUGUAAAGCUGAGGGUUUUGUUUAUGGGAUCAUCCCGGAUCGAGAAUGGCAAGCCAGUGAGCGGGGCGUCUGACAAUCUCAAGGAGUGGUGGAAGGAUAAAGUGAGGUUUGAUCGAAAUGGUCCAGCCGCGAUAGCUAAGUACCUGCAGGUGGAAAGUGCAAUCCCGGGAACGAACGAGGGGAGUACUAAUCAAGUUGGUCCGAUAUUGCCUCAUACUUUGCAGGAGCUUAUGACAUUCUAUGAGACCAACUUACUACACAAGUCUGGGAAUAUUAUUCAGUGUGAACACAACACUUACCUUCAAAAGCACAGUAGCAUUAUUCCCACCAGCGAAUGCCGUUCCUCAGGAGAUAGGUUUGAUCAGUGCAAAGUCUUGAAUUCUCUUCUCAAUGCCAACUCUUUCCCCUUCAUGUUCGGGUCUCCAUUCAACCUGCA